AUGGGGUUUAAUGUCUCGGAGGCCGUCUGGAGAUGGAGGUGUAAGACGUUUGGCACUGGCGACAGACUCCAGCCUCGCCCCCAUGCUCGCAUGCAAUCCGCAUCCUCCAAGAGCACUUCUGCUCCCGAAGAACAGACUCAAGGAACCGAUGCUCUCAUCAAAGUCUUCUACGAGGCCAAGGACAGUCGUGAAGACUUGAAAAAAUGGGUUGACUAUCCGCCCAAACAGCUCAGCAAGAGCGUAUCCAAGGCCCAGGAUAGAGCGGCUAUCAAGGUCUACAAGAUGAAUGACAUGGACAAGCCGGUCAUCAGUGGCUAUCCGAGCUUGAAGUACUAUAAUAUCACCAUUCAGAGCCCUCUCCUGGUCGCCGCGCUCAAGGACAUCGUUGAGAAGGAUGAGGUCUACCUUGAGAAGACGGAGGCUGCAGAGUUCACGACCCCUUUCGCGCCACUGUACUUCCACGCAAACGAGAUAGCUGACCUCUUGAAGGAUGCUGAGAAGGGCAGCCGUUUUAUGGAACACCUCCAGCUGCUGCUAGCUCUCAUGGACGACAUGUUUAUGGAAACUCGCAGCCGUGUUCAGACACUGCAGUCCAGUGGCCUCGUCUCCUUCAACUUGCUCUGGGCAUAUUUACCUUCUGGAUCACCCCUCUAUAUAUGGGAAGGAGAAUGUGAGUCCCUGGGCAAGGUUGUUAGCACUGAAAUUAUCAAAGGCAACUCCUGUUCCUUGAUGCGCAUACGAUGCAAGAUCAUGAAGUUUGACGGCCAAGCGUACGUGUGGGAAGAUUACAGCGCUGUGAUCCCUUCUUUUGAGGGAAAUAUCCCCAUCACACAGUUGGAUUACUAUCCACUGAGGUUCCAUGAGGAUCCAGAGGCAGUUAAGUCGCGGUUGAUGAAACGAGCGAAGAAGGCUCUGGACUACCAGGGGCUGACUUAUGCCUCCUACACUGGCGUCGCCAUUUACAAGACCAAAGAUUCGGUGAUGAAACACAAUGUUGACGGUAGGAUUUUGGUCGAUAUUGUUGGAUAUAAUAAGCACCAUGAGGCUCAAAGGACCAACUCAGGAGUAGAGAACCCCCUGAAACGGAAACAGCGUGUCCUUCAAGCAGCUAAAGGGAAAAAAGACGAGAAGACCGCCUUGCAUAUGGACGGACCGAACAAAGUCAAAGUUAUUAGUGGGAAGAGAGUGGGCGAUCCGAGGGCGACAAAGCACAUCCCCAAGGAAGAACAAGAGAAGAACAAGGAAGGGAUGCUGGCGCUAGGAGAGGACAUCAUAUACAUGUCCCCCUUUCUCGAAGGGUACGCUCUGAAGAACAAAGAAUGGCGCCAGGGGUUGAACAUCCUCCUAAGUGGUCCUCCUGGAACGGGAAAGACGCUCACGGCGGAAGCUGUCGCCGACAGAUGUCGUAAGCCUCUAUACUACCUCCAGGCGGAAGAUCUCGGCAUUCAAGCGGCAGAGCUCGGAGGAAAUAUCAAAAAAGUAUUCGACUUGGCCUUGGAAUGGAACGCGGUCAUCCUCCUCGACGAAGCAGACGUCUUCAUGGCAGAGCGCAACCCAAACGACAUCCACCGCAACGAGCUAGUCUCCAUCUUCCUGCGAGAACUCGAGUACUACCGUGGAGUCAUCUUCCUAACCACCAACCUUUACGACACCAUUGACACAGCGUUCAGAUCCCGCAUCAACCUGCAUCUCCUGUUCAAAACACUAUCGCCAAGUGCCAGGUUGCAGGUAUGGGCUAAGUUCCUGGAACGCCUGCCUCCUCUGCCUGCGACAGCAGGAAGGAAGGAAGAAAAGAGCGUCUUGCAUGACCUGAGUGAGGAAGACUUGAAGGAGCUUUCCAUGUGGCAGUUGAAUGGACGGGAGAUCAAGAAUGCAGUCAAGAUGGUGAAGUCAUGCUUUGUUGGUAGCUUCACUCCUGAACCGGACCCGGACCAACGUGGUCUCUAG